AUGGAUGAUGGUCGUUUCAACUGUACAUUUUGUGGCUUUAAAUUUGCUGCUGCUGCUUCCAUUUCAAGGAUCAAAUGGCAUUUGUCAGGAGAGGAAGGGCAUGGUGUUGCAGUUUGUGGACAAGUUCCUGAACAAGUUCAAGAAGCAGCUUUACAAGCUGUGCAUGGUCGCAACAAAAGACAUAAAGGCAUAGCAAGUUCAAGCAAUUUUAAUGAUAAUCCCAUUUCAACCACUCCACAAGAACAAAACAAUGAGGUCGACAAUUUGGCAGGAGAUGGAGGAACGACACAAGCAGCGGAUAGAAUGGGUCACCCACUUGGAAGAAGUGUGGAAGAGUUCAGUAGAUGGUUAAUGGAGGAUGAUAUAGAGAAUGGGACUGGAGGAGUAGCGCAGCCUGGUGCAGGAGCUAGCUCUUCUGGAGGGCUUACAGGCAACACAAAUGAGACUCCAGGAGAUGCAGUACCAACGACAAAGCUGGUGGGUCAAGCAUUCAAAGACCAUAAGAAGACUAUCUGGUCUUGGUUGAUGCACGAUGAAGUUUCAACUAUUGGCAUCUAUGGGAUGGGUGGAGUGGGAAAGACGACAUUGGUGACACACAUUUAUAAUCAGCUUCUAGAAAGACCAGGCACUUUCUGCCAUGUUUACUGGAUUACUGUUUCACAAGAUACCAGCAUUAAUAAAUUGCAAAACAGUAUCGCCAGACGGAUUGGUUUAGAUCUUUCUAAUGAAGAUGAGGAGCUGUAUAGAGCUUCCAAAUUGUCAAAAGAAUUAACGAAGAAACAGAAAUGGGUUUUGAUUUUAGACGAUUUGUGGAAAGCUAUUGAGCUACGCAAGGUGGGAGUUCCUAUCCAAGCUGUUAAGGGAUGCAAGCUGAUUGUUACAACACGAUUAGAAAAUGUUUGUCAGCAGAUGGGUACCCAACACAUAAUCAAAGUGAAGCCUAUUUCGAAGGAAGAAGCUUGGGCUUUGUUUAUUGAGAGACUUGGACACGACACAGCACUUUCUCCGGAAGUGGAACAAAUUGCAAAAUCUGUGGCAAGGGAAUGUGCUGGUCUGCCGCUAGGAAUUAUAACCAUGGCUGCAACCAUGAGGGGAGUGGUUGACGUACGUGAGUGGAGGAAUGCAUUGGAGGAAUUGAAAGAAUCAAAAGUUAGAAAAGAUGAUAUGGAGCCUGAGGUAUUCCACAUAUUGAGAUUUAGUUAUAACCAUCUAAGUGAUUCAGCACUGCAACAAUGUUUCUUGUACUGUGCAUUAUUCCCGGAGGACUUCAAGAUCCGUAGAGAUGAUUUGGUAGCUUAUUUGAUUGAUGAGGGAGUGAUAAAAGGGCUGAAGAGUAGGGAGGCAGAAUUUGACAGAGGUCAUUCGAUGCUUAAUAGACUUCAAAAUGUCUGCCUAUUGGAAGGUGCUAAGGAAGGGUAUGGUAAUGAUAGAUAUAUCAAGAUGCAUGACUUGAUUAGGGACAUGGCCAUCCAAAUACUGCAAGAGAACUCUCAAGGAAUGGUUAAAGCAGGUGCACAAUUAAGAGAAUUGCCGGAUGCAGAUGAGUGGACAGAGAAUUUUACAAGAGUUUCACUGAUGCAUAACCAUAUUCAAGACAUUCCUUCCAGCCAUUCACCAAGGUGUCCCAGUCUUUCAACUCUAUUGUUAUGUGAAAAUUCAGAGUUGAAAUUUAUAGCAGAUUCAUUUUUUGAGCAGUUACGUGGGCUCAAGGUUCUUGAUCUGUCUUAUACAAAUAUCACAAAACUGCCUGAUUCUGUCUCUGAAUUGGUGAAUCUCACUGCAUUACUGCUCAUUGGUUGUCAUAUGUUAAGGCAUGUACCGUCAUUAGAAAAGCUCAGGGCACUGAGGAGGUUAGAUCUCUCUGGUACUUGGGCACUUGAAAAGAUGCCUCAAGGCAUGGAAUGUCUAUGCAACCUGAGGUAUCUUAGAAUGAAUGGAUGUGGUGAAAAGGAGUUUCCUAGUGGGUUGUUACCUAAGCUCUCUCACCUGCAAGUCUUUGAAUUGAAAAGUGCCAAAGAUAGAGGUGGACAAUAUGCUCCGAUAACAGUUAAAGGAAAGGAAGUGGCAUGCUUGAGGAAGUUGGAGAGUUUGGGAUGCCAUUUUGAAGGUUACUCUGACUUUGUGGAGUAUCUCAAAUCUCAGGAUGAGACCCAAUCACUAAGCAAAUACCAAAUUGUUGUAGGACUGCUGGAUAUCAAUUUUUCAUUUCAAAGAAGUAAAGCAGUUUUUUUGGAUAACUUGAGUGUAAACAGAGAUGGAGAUUUUCAGGACAUGUUUCCAAAGGACAUUCAACAACUUAUCAUUGAUAAAUGUGAAGAUGCAACAAGUUUAUGCGAUAUUUUCUCUCUAAUAAAAUAUACAACGCAACUGGAGAUUAUAUGGAUUAGGGAUUGCAAUAGCAUGGAGAGCUUGGUCUCAUCUUCUUGGUUAUGCUCUGCUCCACUAUCAUUGCCAUCUUAUAAUGGAAUAUUUUCUAGUCUUGGAGUGUUUUAUUGCUAUGGAUGUAGAAGUAUGAAGAAGCUGUUCCCUCUUGUCUUAUUGCCACACCUCGUAAACUUGGAAGUGAUUCAAGUUAUUCAUUGUGAGAAAAUAGAGGAGAUAAUAGGCGGAACAAGAUCUGAUGAAGAAGGGGUUAUGGAUGAAGAAAACAGUAGCAGCGAAUUCAAACUCCCAAAGUUAAGAUGUCUGGUAUUGUAUGGAUUACCAGAACUGAAAAGCAUUUGCAGUGCAAAACUGAUUUGCGAUUCUCUCCAAGUAAUUACUGUAAUGAAUUGUGAGAAGCUGAAGGGGAUGGGAAUUUGUCUUCCGCUGCUUGAAAAUGGCCAGCCAUCUCCUCCCCCUUCUCUUGAAAGAAUCGUUGCAAUGCCAGAAGAAUGGUGGGAGUCAGUAGUGGAGUGGGAGCAUCCUAAAACUAAGGAUGUGCUUCGUCCCUUUGUAAAGUUUGAAAAGUUAUAA